UAGGCUCUCCACGGCGAGAGGCGACGCAGAUCAGAUCACAGCUCGUAGCAGCAGCAGCUCCCCCUCCCCUCUUCUAGAACCUUCCAGACCCACCUAAUGCCGCUCCACCACCACCGCCACCACCCCUCCGCCGACGACUCCCUCCCCUACCACCGCUCCCUGCCCGUGCCCGUGCCCGACGACGACGAGGCCAAGCCGCGCCGCCCCUACUCCGCCUUCGCCUCCCCGCGCGCCCCCUCCUCCCUCUCCCCCGCCUCCGCCCACCGCCUCCUCCUGCUCUUCUCCCUCGCCUGCCUCCUCGUCGCCGCGGCCUCCCUCGCCUUCGCCUUCUCCGCCGGGGCCCGCGCCGACGCCCGCGCCGCGAGCCUGCACCAGCCGCCGCCCCCCGCGGCCGCCGUCGCCUUCCGCUGCGGCCGCGCCGAGGACACCCUCCGCUCCUUCCUCGCCUCCUCGCGGAACUACACCGCCGCGGAGGGGAGGGAGAAGGUGCUCGCCGUCGUCGGGGUGCACACGGAUAUCGGAUCCGCCGCCCGCCGCGCCGCGCUCCGCGCCACCUGGUUCCCGCCCAGGCCCGAAGGCAUCGUAAGUUUGGAACAUGGAACUGGCUUAUCUUUUAGGUUUGUUGUUGCGCGAACCAAAGAUAAAGAAAAAAUUGCAGAUCUUGAGAAAGAGGUAGACAUGUAUCAUGAUUUCUUGUUUAUUGAUGCUGAAGAAGAUUCAAAGCCCCCACAGAAAAUGUUAGCGUUUUUCAAAGCAGCUUAUGACAUGUUCGACGCAGAUUUCUAUGUCAAAGCUGAUGAUGCUAUCUAUCUGCGCCCAGAUAGACUUGCUGCCCUUCUUGCGAAGGACAGGCCUCAUCACCAGACAUACAUUGGUUGCAUGAAAAAGGGUCCAGUUGUCAACGACCCAAAUAUGAAGUGGUACGAAAGUUCAUGGGAAUUAUUAGGCAAUGAGUACUUCAGCCAUGCAUCUGGUUUACUAUAUGCUCUUUCUUCGGAGGUGGUUGGAUCCCUAGCUUCUGCAAAUAAUGAUAGUUUAAGGAUGUUUGAUUACGAAGAUGUUACUCUUGGAUCGUGGAUGCUUGCCAUGAAUGUAAAGCAUGAAGACAACCGUGCUAUGUGCGACCCACAUUGCACUCCCACCUCCAUUGCUGUAUGGGACAGUAAGAAAUGCUCAAGUUCAUGUAACCCAGCUGAGAUAGUAAAGGAGCUUCACAACACUACUGUGUGCUCAAAGAGCCCAACAUUGCCACCUGAGGUGGAAGAUGAGUAGAGUCCUAGUAUGAUAUUUUUCCCCUUGUAAGGGUUGUUAAACUGAUGCCAGCCAUCUUGUUGCAGCUUCUUGUUGCUGGAGAAUUCUUGGAGAAGCUUACCAUCUCAAGAAUGACGUAGGAUUUGUGUGAAAACGCCCGAUAUUGAGAUGAGCAAACAAGCAUAUGGUAGGGUUCAGGCAAAGCGUAUACUCCCAACUGAUAGAAGUGGACCUUCUGUUCUGUCUUUUCCGCCAUGGCCGAUUGCCACCCUUUAAUUUCUUCACUGGAUAUACUGUUCAUUGAUGUGUAUAUAAAAUCUAUAUACCUUAGUCAGCAUUGUUGAUCUCAAACUUUAUUUCAUGAUCAAGGACAUUCUACCAACUUAUAA